CCUCGUCACUCCGUCCGUAUGCCCGUGCGUGCGCCCCCACUCACCACUCACAGCGCUAAUACCCUAGCAAACCUGGAGACGGCACCGACGGAGCCGCGGGGGCGUAUCGCCGGCAGCAGGAAGGGAGCGGCGGCACCCGAGAAGAGAGGGCCUGCGGUGGCCGGCGGCCUGGACUUAAGUUGCAUCUGGACUGCAUUGGGUCUCCGGACUGCAUUGGGUCCUCGGAGAUGGCAGACCAGUCAUUUCUUGAUAGGAUGAUUUCCCAACUUCGGUCAACAUGCAAGUACUACACUGGAUAUCCCAAGGACCUAGGGCCAUCAAGAAUUAUACCAUUCACAUCAGAGCGUCAAUUUGUGCAGCUACUGAAUGAAGGACGGCCUGUAGUUGUUGCCUUUACUAUUAAGUGCACUUAUACACAGCAUCUUGACAAAGUACUGGAAGAAGCUGCUGCCACAUUUUAUCCGCAUAUAAAAUUUGUUCGAGUCGAGUGCCCAAAGUGUCCAGGGUUUUGUCUCACAAGGCAAAGGAAUGAAUAUCCAUUUAUUGAAGUAUUUUACAACCCAGAACAGGCUGCUAGCCAAGGAAAGAGUCUGGAUCCCAACAUCACUAAAUAUUCUGUAAAAGUUCUACCUUUCAACUAUGACCAGAGCGUGUAUGGAUUUCAAGAAUAUUUCAAGAAGCACAGAUUUAAUUAUGUUGAAACAAAGUAGGUCUGUCACCAAGAAUAUGCAUUGAGAGAAGUCCUAGGGAGUUUAACAGCAUGGAGGAUUUAGUUAUUCGGAGUUGAAAUACCGUAAGGCUCUACUGGUGUCUUACCUGGUUUAAGGAAUGUCUGUCAUGUACUUACAUAUAUGGGGUAUAGUCUAUACCUAUAGAUUUGCAUUGCCAUACUAAGUGCGAGCUGACAUAUGGACCAUUCAUUAACGAACAAGUUUGCAUGGAUGUUCGCCAUGUUAUUCCGAUAACUGAACUGCACAUUCAAUUUAUCAUAAUUGAAAGCUUUUCUGACCUGAAAAAAGUACUUUGAUGAUU